CUACAUCACAUACUUACAUACACACAUAUACACACACACGCCCGCCCUACAUACACACAUAUACACCAUCACCACUGCUGCCUCUCCUUUCAUCAAUCACAUCAUUCCACCUCUGCUCUGUCUCACGCCUCUUAUACACACCUUUUCUUCCUGACACAGCCCUACGCAAUCAUCACUACACUCUAUAGUCAUUGUCCACCCUUUACCUCUUCACCAUCCAUCCAACCAAUGCAUCUCGCCUAACAUGACCACCCUUUCUCCAAUCCACCACCACCCUCAUCAUCAUCAUCAGCACCAUCAUCACGUCGUUGAAUCCAUGGAGCCUGUUGAUACCAACAUGGCUCAGGCCAGCUACGACCACGACAAUGGACAUGGUACGUCGAGCCUUUUCUCUCUCUCUCUCUCUCUCUCUCUCUCUUCUUCUUAUUCUUCUUCCUCUUGCUUUGCUUGCCUCCCUUGUCGUACAAUCGAUUGCUGCUCCAGGAAAAGUAAUCCCUCCUCGCCUUCUGUACAUCACUUCCACUUCUUCGCGCGCACACGCCACCUGCACUACACCGUGUACCCAAACAUGCGCAGGCCAUCACUCUGCCCUCCUGUCUUGUCCUACUCCCUCACAUCCAGCUCUCCAGCUCUCCAUCUUUCUGCUACUCGUCCAUCAGCAUUCAGCUAUCGCUCCAGUCCAGCCCAAGCAUCCUACCGCUUUGGCUCUCGGCACCAUGCCUCUCUGACACUGGCCCUCGUACAAUCAGUUCAAUCUACCGCUUUCUGUGUCUCCUUCUCGUCCUGCUAUCCGCUGCCCUAUACUCUCCCUCUAUACACAUACCCAUGCUUCACCACUUCUUUAUCUGCUGCUCUCCUCCCCCUUACUGCACUGUCUUGUAACCUCUCCACUACUGCUCCCAUUACAUGCCUCCCGCCUUGUCCCUUGCUUCCCCCUUCCCCCAAUCCACUUGCCUCUACGAACCAUGUCUUUCCAUUCGAACUUGAAUUUUGCUCCUCUCAACAUUGAUUGGCAUGAUGGGCUGACCUUUUCGCCCCUGCUCACGCCCUUGAACCCGCCACCACCACAAGUCCCGCCGUCCCAGCUGUACCAGCGCUUCAUUCCUCCGGAGAGUAGUCUUGGUCACCUGACUCGGCGGGACAGCAUGGUUGGUGCCGGUCGGGGUUGUGAGCCUGUAGGGCGUUGGACCUCAACAGCUUCCGAAUCAAACAGCUCAAGAAGUCCGCUAGCAACCUUUGGGUUCUUCAAAAAUCUUACCGGCGAAAAGAAGACGACUCGAGGUCAGACGUC